AUGGACUCAGCCUUCGAUGCUCUGGAAAGCGGCUCCGUCGACAGAGCGGUGGUGGCGGUGGAAAAUUCUUUAGAUGGCGUCGUGGGGAGAAACUACGAUCUGCUUCUGCGCCACCAGAAUAUACACAUCGCGGGGGAGGUGCUUCUGAAAGUCAAUCAUUGUCUGUUGGGGUUAAACGGCAUAAAUGGCGUGAGACGAGUUCUUGGCCACCCGCAGGCGUUGAGUCACUGUCAGCGCCGCCUUCAGACACUUAACGCUACCGUUGAGGCCGUCGAUUGUGCCGCCGAGGCGGCACGUUUAGUUGUUGAGGGGGAAUGUUAUGACGUGGCAGUUAUUUGCAGUGGCGUUGCUGGGCGGGUAUUUGGGCUUCGUGUUUUGGAGCCGGCAAUGCAGGAUGAUGACGAUAACUUUACACGGUUUCUUGUUCUUGCUAAACAUUUACCGGUGGCUUCUGAAGCCUCCGAUAGAACUUGCAAGACGACAGUGGCGUUUUCUGUAGAAACUGCUAGUCUGUUCAAGGCUGUGGAGAUUUUUGAAAGGAGAGGGUUGAGAGUUGUGAAGAUCGAGAGCCGGCCGAGAAGGGAAAAGCCCCUGAGAGACGGCGUGGGAGGUUUCAAGUAUUUUGAGUAUGUUUUUGUGGUGGAUUUGGAAGGAUCGGUUGCAGACCCCGCCAUGGAAGGAGCUCUUUUUGAUUUGGAACAAAUUGCAGGGCGUGUUAGAGUUAUGGGGAAUUAUUCCUGCGAUUUAUAG